UAAAAUAAGAAAUAUCGCCCUGUGUCAUCAACAAGCAAUAUUCAAUAUUUAUUUGCUUCACAUACAACUUUCUGACAGCGAUUUCAGUUAAUGCUCCGAGGCUCUAGUGAAAAUCCACCACAGUAGUAGUCAAUAAAAAUGAGUGUAAUUUUUUCGGCCGUCAAGUGUUUCGUACUCGCUUUCAAUUUCUUUAGUUUGUUAUUGGGCAUUUGUAUUGUCUGCCUGAAUAUUUUCGGCUUAGAGUUUGCAAUCCCGAAUACGGAUGAGCAUACAUACUGCAUUGUGGGCAUCAUUUUGGGCUCAUUCGUAUGCAUGGCCACGCUGUUUGGCUUUUAUAGCGUCGUCUGUGAGUCGCUGGGUGUCAAUGUGAUAUAUUCGUUCUUUAUGCUGAUGCUAUUGGCCACGCAGUUGUUGCAAAUGCAAACAUAUAAACAUCAGAAGUUUUUCAUAAAUGCAUUGGAUCUGCUGGAGGAUGCUUGGAAUGAUGUGGAUGAGGAUCCAAUGGCGAUGCAGGCGGUGGAGAUAAAUUAUCAUUGCUGUGGUCUCUACAAUGCCAAUGACUACAAAUACAGACAUCUGGAGACGCCAUCGAGUUGUUAUCGUUAUCAAAAUGCCACGCUUGAAUUGAAUUUAUUCCCGCGCGGCUGUGUUGAGGCGCUGGAAACGUCGUACCACAACACAAUGAAGCGUGAAGAUAUUUUCAACUGGUCAUUAUUAAUCAGUGAAUGCGCAGUCUUUCUUUAUUCAUGUGUUUUGAGCAUUUUACUCUUUCGGCGUUCUCGCUCAGCUCCCAUACCGAAUGCCGAGGAUGGUUAUGUGGCUCCAGAGCCGGCACAACGUAUCAACCACUGUAAUUCGCGAACGCACCUGCUGUCGAACUAAUCUAAAUCGGAAUCAAAAUUUAACACAAAAGUCUGAUCAAAAUUUAUUAUAUAUUUCCCAAAUAAAAUUUGGCAGUAUAUAAAUUUUAUAUUAUAAAUACAUAUGUAUGUAUGUAUAUGUUGAAAAAUUAAUUAAUUUGUACAUUAUCAUACUAUUAUAUUGAUAAAUAAUAUUAAGAAAUGUACCAGCAAAUUUUAUGUUGUCACAAAUUCAUUGUAGAUACUUAUGUAUGUAAGUAUGUACUAGCAAUAAAAGUACAUAAUUUCUAAUUAUAGUAAAUAGAUUUUAUGUAAUGUAUGUUGUGUAAUGUACGCAUGCAUUUCAUAUAAAAAUAAUUUUCUUUUGAAAUAAUUUUUGCUUAUUGUAUAUGAAAAUUGUAUUAUACAUGCAUAUUAUGAAAAAGUAUAAUACUUAAUAAAGUAGAUAAUAUAUAAUUUUAUAGGAAUACUGAA